AUGGAUAAUAGGCAGCAGAAUAAUACACCCGGGCUGGCGCCAGUCGACAACUUCAAAUCACAAAUAUCACUGAGCUAUGUUGGCCGACGUUUUAAAGAAAACUAUCCACCUGAUUUCUUGAAUAAGGUAACUGCAGAGAUAAUUGCAACCUAUCUAUUGGUGUUCGUGACAUGUGGUUCGGCUGCUCUUAGCGCUAGCGAUGAACACAAAGUCUCUAAACUUGGAGCAUCUGUAGCAGGUGGUCUAAUAGUCACAGUUAUGAUCUAUGCAGUUGGACACAUCUCUGGUGCACAUAUGAACCCAGCUGUAACCCUGGCUUUUGCAGCUGUUAGUCAUUUCCCUUGGAAACAGGUACCUUUUUACGUAGCUGCACAGAUGACCGGAGGAAUUUCUGCGGCAUUCACUCUUCGUGUGUUAUUGCACCCAAUAAAACACGUUGGAACCACAUCACCUUCUGGAACUGACAUUCAGGCUCUUAUCAUGGAAAUAGUUAUAACAUUUUCUAUGAUGUUCAUCGCCUCAGCUGUAGCAACUGAUACAAAAGCUAUAGGAGAGCUUGCUGGCGUAGCAGUUGGUUCGGCAGUGUGCAUCUCAUCAAUUUUAGGCGGACCAAUAUCAGGUGGAUCAAUGAACCCAGCAAGGAGUAUUGGGCCUGCAAUUGCUAGUGCCUAUUACAAAGGUAUUUGGGUGUACAUAAUUGGGCCUGUAUGUGGGACAUUACUUGGGGCCAUGUCCUACAAUUUCAUCCGGGACUCGGACAGACCUGCCCGUGCAGUAUUACCUCUCAGUCAGUUUCCUUCAAACUUUGCCGAUUAA